UUAGUCACUGAAUAACAUCGCAGAGGCCGUCCAGCUUAUGACAAAACAAUCGGCUUCAUCCAGAAAGCUAAGGAUGUGGGAGGGGAGGUUCUUAUCAGAGGCACUGGUGAUGACUCCAAGGGCUACUUCAUACAACCUACCAUCAUUCCAACCGAAGAUCAAUCACCAUGAAAGAAGAAAUAUUUAGUCCUGUCGUUACUAUUUAUGUAUAUGACAAUGCGAAUUAUGAGAAGACUCUGGAACUCAUCGAUAACACCUCGCCUUAUGCACUGACCGACUCUAUCUUCGCCGCAGAUCGCAGAGCCCUUCGGACGGCCACAAACAAGCUACGCAACGCUGCUGGCAACGUCAAUUACAACGAGCAAUGCCCUGGCGCGGACGGUCGUGGGCCAACAAUUCGUUGGAGGAGGACCAACGAGUGGGACCAACGACAAAGCUGAGAGUAUUAGCAUCUUCUACCAGUUCGUUUCGGCAAGAAGCAUCAAGGAGAGCUUCAUGGGCCUGGAGGACUUCCAAUACUUGUCAAACUUAUUUUGGAAUAAUUGGUACCAAGACAAAAAUGUAAGUAAGUCGAUGUUGUAUCAAAGAAUCAUGCUGUUA